UUUUUUGAGCAUAACUAUGAGAUGGCAACAAUGUGCUUUGGAAAAGCUGGAGAUACCAUUUGGGAGAGAAGGUCUAAGGCUGAAAGCCUUAAAGCCAAUGCCAACCGUAUGCGUGGUUUAAAUCCUCUCGAGGCAAAUGAAAGACUCAGGGAAGCUGCUGAAAUAUUUGAAGACAUAGGUCGGGCAGAUUCUGUUGCCAAAUGCUUUUUUGAGCUAGGGGAGUAUGAAAGAGCAGGUGAAAUUUACUUGGAAAAGUGUGAGGAAAAGCUGAAAGAAGCUGGAGAAUGUUUUUCUCUAGCAGGUUGUUAUAAUCGUGCGGCUGAAGUAUACGCUAGAGGCAAAUUCUUUUGUGAGUGUUUGUCCGCUUGUUAUGAUGGAAAAUUAUUUAAUUUGGGGUUUCAAUAUAUUCAAUCCUGGAGACUACUUGAAGUUUCAAAGGUUGGUACUUCUGAAGGCAGAGGAAAAUUUGAUGCAAGUGCACAGAAGCUUCUUGAGGGUGGAGCACUUUAUCAUUAUAAGUUGAAAGAUUCCGGAACAAUGAUGAAAUUUGUCAAAGCUUUUUAUUCUGACAAUGCAAUGCGAACCUUCCUGAAGAAAGUAGGCUGCCUUGAUGAGCUUUUGCACCUGGAAAUGGAAUGGGGAAAUCAUUUGGAAGCUGCAAAUGUUGCAGAGCUGAAAGGAGAUCUUCUUAUGGCAGCUGAUAUUUUAGAGGGGGGUGGCCAUCUUAAAGAUGCAUCCAUGCUAAUUCUCUGCUUUGUGUUCGGAAAAUCUCUUUGGGAAAUCACUGACCAAGGGUGGCCCUUGAAGCCAUUUACAGAAAAGAGAGAACUUUUAAUGAAAGCUAAAAGAAUUGCUAAUAAUGUUUCCAGUCACUUCUAUGAGUUUAUUUGUACUGAAGCAAACAUUUUAUCAGAUGAACUGUAUACCCUUCCUGAGCUGAAACGGCUUUUAAGUGACUGAGAAACAAAGAAGUACAAAAGGUGAGGUAUUAUGUGCC